UAAGGUACGAGCAUUUUCUUUCACAAGUUCCGUGAUUUUUCACGCUUACACACGAACGUUCGUCCGAUUCCGAGAGCGCAUGAGAGCUGCGAGGUAAAAAGAGCGUUGUUGCUAACGACCGCAACAAUAACAAUCACACCAGUCGGUACACGCGCCAGCAAUGUCGCAGCAGAUGGAGUCGCGGGGCCGAGGCAGGCCCCCAAAACAACGGAGUGUGUGCACCUGGUGCGGUGUGGUCAAACAGACGCUAAACUACGUGUUGCCGACUCAGCAUAGCCGCAAGGAGUUCUGCUGCGAGACCUGUUUGGCCGAGUUUAGCAAGGCCUACAUGCGCGGAGCCUGCGUCCUUUGCGACAACGUCAUCCGCGGCAACCCGGUACGCCUCGAGACUAAAAACGAACCUCACAAGGACUUUUGCUCGACCGUCUGUCUAAACAAGCAUCAGAAGAGGGAACUCCAGCUGCAGCGAACCAGUCAUAACAGCCAAAAGCCCAACAAGGAGGAUCAGCCGCAAGCGCCUCUGCUGGCUACCGCACCAGUACCAAAUUCCACCAGCAAACAGACUACCACAAUCAACAACAAUAACAACAAUAACAACAACAAUAAUAACAUCAGCAACAAUGCAUCCACGUCAUUUAGCGGAACUCUGCAGACCUACGAGACGUUUGUGCACUUUGAUUGGGACGUGUAUCUCAAGGAGACAGGGAGCGAGGCUGCACCUAUUGAGAAUUUCAGACAGUUUGCUGAGCCACCGGUGAAUGAUUUUCAAAUUGGCAUGAAGUUGGAGGCUCUGGAUCCCCGAAAUGUUACCUCCACCUGUAUUGCUACAGUCGUGGGCAUUCACGGGCCAAGACUUAGACUGAGGCUCGAUGGGUCUGAUAAUAAGAAUGAUUUUUGGCGUCUGGUGGAUAGCAGUGAAAUUCAUCCUAUAGGCCAUUGUGAAAAGUCAGGAGGAAUGUUGCAACCACCUUUAGGUUUUCGCAUGAAUGCUUCUAGCUGGCCAAUGUUUUUACUCAAGACACUGAAUGGAGCGGAAAUGGCGCCAGCUAAGCUUUUCAAGUUGGAACCAAAAGCCCCACGCUGCAACAUGUUUCAAGUGGGACAGAAACUAGAGGCCAUUGAUAAGAAAAACCCACAGCUGAUAUGCACAGCAACUGUUGGGGCUGUGAAAGAUGAUAUGGUACACAUAACUUUUGAUGGCUGGAAGGGGGCAUUUGACUACUGGUGCAGGUAUGAUUCCCGAGAUAUUUUUCCUGCAACCUGGUGUUUAAGAAGUGGUCAUCCACUACAGCCACCCAGGCAAAAAACAGGACCCAAUCGUUUUAAAUCCAGAAGUAGCAAUGUACUACCAGUCAUGGCUGUGUCUGGAAGUGGAUCUGUAAAAGAGUCAGCUGUAGCUUUAGUUAGUCCAGCUGCAGGCUUGAGUGCACCACCUCAGCCAGCCACAGAGCCCGAUACGAGUACAACCAAUAAUAAAGUAGUAGCCAUUGAGAAUAUUAAUUUUUAUGUUAAUCACAAUUGUUCUUGCGGUCAAUUCUUUGACCAAAGAAAAAUCAAGGUUAUGCAGUCACAAUUCAGUGGUAGAGCAGAGUCAGCUAUCAAAGAUGCCUUCCAGGCAUUUUUAAUGGCAGCAAUAGGUCCAAGGCAGAUAUUAAGUUUGUUACAACGUGGUGAAGGUGAAAGCAUAACAUUAAUAAUAGAAUCAAAACCAACUACUGUUGUUUUGCCAGUUUUCACAGAAGAAGAAGACGUGUAUGUUUAUAUGAAAAGACAAUUAGAAGUCCUAGGAGCUUGUCAAAAUUUACUUUCAAGGAGAAGAGAGCCCUGUAAAAAGUGUAUAGUUGUACAGCAGCAGCAGCAGCAGCAGCAGCAGCAGCAACAAAACCUUGGUAGGAAAGAUGAGUCAAACAACAUAAAUGGUAUGGUUCAGAAAAGGCGGUGGUCAUCUGAAGUACAGCAAGAGAAUCCAUCAUCAACCCAGCAACAGCCACAGCCACCCCAAAUAAUAAGACCACUUGCAGUACAGCAUCCUAUUAUAGAAGCCCCUGCACCUCCUAAGCAAAUAAGGAGACCCGUCCCUGAACUCGAGGCUGCGACGUCAACGACGCAAAACGACAAUCUAACAAGACCACUUCCACCCGAGCCCGUGGAAUGGACAGUUGAAGAUGUAGUACAGUACAUCCGUAUGACUGAUCCAGGCCUAUGCACCAACGCUGAUCUGUUUAGAAAACACGAAAUCGAUGGCAAAGCGCUGUUGCUUCUCAACUCGGAAAUGAUGGUUAAAUACAUGCAAAUGAAGCUUGGACCAGCUCUGAAGAUUUGCAACUUAAUUAACCGUAUUAAGAAUAAACGGCGUUAAUACUGUGAUUAUUUCGCACAUGAAAAUUUUAAAUCUACCGUAUGUAUUUUUUUUAAUUUUUUUUUUAUUAAUGCCGUUUAAGUACCGCAU